GUAGUAGUAGUAGUGAUGCUACAUUUCCAAUUACAUAUUUGCAUACGUCGCUCGAACAAAGACGACGCACAUUUGACAGUUGUCGACACCAUUUAUCGCCGCCAUCACUCCAUAUUGCACACAACAACACACCCAUGAAGUACCAUUAUCAUCAGCCACGAGGAAGAGCAUGUUCCGCCAUUGGGACCGAUUCUGUCAUUGAGCCAUUCGACUGUUCGUACUUGUUGGACUCCACAAUGGACAAGCGGGGCUAUGUAGCGAUCGAUGACGAGAACAAGGAGAUCAUUGUGACGUUCCCCGGUGUCCCUGCAUCUGGCCUGCUUUUUGAGAACACAUCGCUUGCACCAGUACCCUGGCAAGAGCCUUUAGACGAAACCACGAAUCAUCCUCCUACCCCGACAACGACAACAACAACAACAACAGCUCAAACGCGAUCAUCGUUACUGUUCAACACCUCUACUACAAAGCAUCAUCAUCUUGACAAUGCCUACGUCUUGGAAUGUGCAGUAGCCGCUUGGCGACGGUGUGAAUUGGCAGUGGCGACAUCUUUGAUGAGGAUAUGUCGUGUAGCUCCGGAUGAUUAUCGUGUUGUUAUUAUUGGACACUCCUUGGGAGGAGGUAAUGUAUAGUAUAUAUAUAUAUAUAUAUAUAUAUAUUUUUACAUUACAUACUUUAAUAUUCUGCGUGAAGAAAAUAAUAUAGAAGUUUCCA